AUGCUCGGGGACUGCCCACAUGUAAAAGAACAUUGGCAAAGCUUAAUGAAACCUAUCCAUUGGUCGAGACUCAAGACGUCCAACAAAAAGCAGUGGCUUAAAUGGAACCUUAAUGAGGAUAUUGGGAAAACCUUCUCAGAUGAGGAAGAUGAGAACUUAGGGUUUGGAAUUGCCACACUUUACAAAGCAAAGGCAGACCUCAACCUCUUGAAAACAUCAUAUAAGAAAGGAAGAGGAAGCUACCAAAGCAAGUGGUUUUGCUAUGACACAAGUGAAGUUCGACUAGACAUGGACGGUUCAUACAAGAAUGGUGUUGGUAAGUGCAAUGAUAUUAUUCAUGAUAGUAAUGCAAAUUGGCUUAUGGGAUUUAAUAGCAAUAUUGGUAACUCCAGCCAUCAUAAAGCUGCAAUCCCAUAA